UGAUACAAUAUUUUGAUUGGAGUAUAUUACCAAAUAAUUAUCAACAGAUAACACAAUUAUAUCGUAUGACAUUGUAUUAUAAAAAAAUGUUAGAAAGAGUUCCUGUGGAUCUACAAAUAACUUAUCAAUAUAUUCAAAAUAUAUUAGUAAUCAAUGAGAUUAAACCAUAUAAAAAAGAAGAAGAUAUAAUAGUAAGAAGAUUAAAUUUUGUUAGAUGGAUGUUUCAACAAAUACAUGCUGGUUUUGUUGCGAUUAAAAUAGUUGAUGAUGCAAAAAUAUUUUAUGAUAGAUGGAAUAUUAAAGUUAAUGUAGUAUCAGGAACAGAUUUACCACCUGGUAUUCCAGAUGCGAUUGCUGGAGCUCGUAGAAAACGAGAAAAAGAUAGUGAUGAUGAUUCUGGAAGAA